GGGCGAGCGUCGCAGAGUCUCACUUUCGUGGCCUCGGACUCCCGGACUCACCGCAGCCCAGCAGCAGCGCUCGUCGGCCGUCUCGGAUUCGUGGUCGGAUCGGAAAGUUUCUGCUGCGCCCCCUCGGCCUCGCGCUGCCGCCGGUACCUGCCGCGCGCUUCCCCGUUUGCGGUUUUCGAAUUGGUGACCAACUGAGCUCGGGAGGCGGAUUGUGCUCUUCGGGGCGGGCCGCCCCGUAGGGUUUGCGGUCAGUGUGGUCGGGCUCGGUGUGAUGAUGAUGGAGUACCUGGCCGAAGGGGAGAGGAUGGAUGGCACGUCAGGCCUGCAGAACCUGGGGUCGGAGAGGGAGACGUGGAUUGACGAGGAGGUGGAGGCGCUGCUAGACGUUUGGGGCGAUACGUACAUUCACGUGAAGCGGGAGAAUUUGGGGAAGCGGCAUUGGGAGACGGUGGUGCGCGAGGUGAACGCGCGGCUGACGCACCAGCGGGAGCAGCCGCAGAUGAAGAACAAGAUUGACUCGCUGAAGAAGCGGUAUAAGCGAGAGAAGCUGAGCAAGGGCGAGAGCGACCGGAGUUUGAUCACGUGGAAGUGGUACGAUCGGUGCGACAUGCUGUGGGGGACGCCGAAGCGGGAGAUGUGCGGCAUUGGCAUUGGCCCAGUGGGCGGGGUACACCCGCUCCAGCAUCGCGUGGAGGCCGCCCAUGCCCAUCCGGCGGACGUGAUGCACCACCAGGACAGCGGCCGGUUGGUUCCGUUUGUGGCCGCGAUGCAGCCCGAGGUUAAUGGCGAUCACCAGGGCGUGAACGUGAAGGACGGUGCGGCGUCGAGGAUCGGCGAUUGUCACGAGGAGCAUUGUCCUCCGCGUGCCGAUCAGGCUCCGCCGUCUCCGUGCACCCGUUGCCGCGGCAAUGCGGGUGUGGAGCCCAGCAGAGAGAACGUGAAGCGCAGGAAGCUGGGGACUGGCAUCACGGCUGCGAACCUGGCGAAGAUCGUUCAGGGCUUCGCAGACACGUGCGCUCGCGUGGAACAGGCGAAGAUGGAGAUGAACGUGGCCAUGGAACAGCGGCGGCUGGAGUUUCUGGAGAGGAUGGAGCAGAGACGGCAGGAGAGCGAGGAUAGGCACAGGGAGAGGAAGCUGAAGAUGGAGGAGCGGCGGCUGGAGCUGCAACAGAAGCUGGCGGAUCAGAAGCUGGAGAUGCAGGAGAAGCACAUGGAGAGACGGGAGAAUCUGAAGCUGGAAAUCAUGCGCCUGCGGCUGCAGGCGAUAGGGCAGGGGAACAAGGCGCCCGUGAUGGAGCAGCAGGCGGUACAGACGUGCGAGAAGUUUAGCAGCUCGAACAUCACGACGUGCAUUUGAGUGUCCGGCUGCACGCAUGCGUGUAGAAAUCUUUCAACUCCUCGGUCUCGUGGUACGCUUGUCGAUAUAUAGUGCUAUUUGUGUACAGGAAGGCAGUGCGACGCUUGCAGAU